AAGAAAGAAAGUCGGAUUUGGCCUAUGCAACUUCUUUCUUCUUCUCAUUCUUUUUGCUUCUCUUAAAUUUCUCUUCCUUCUUUCUCUCCUCUUGUUAUAGUCAUUGAGUUUUAAUGGCUCAAUUAACAACAUUAUUGAUGUCCCUAUUAACCCUUUUUCUAUCAACACCAGGAGUGAUUUCAACGACUUUUACCAUAUUAAACAAGUGCGAUUAUACGGUAUGGCCAGGCAUUCAAUCCAGCGCAGGAAUAGCUUCACUUUCAACCACAGGCUUCGCUCUGCAGAAGGAUGAGUCCAAAACCAUCACUGCACCAGCCUCAUGGGGUGGUCGAUUCUGGGGCCGAACCCAUUGUUCCCAAGAGUACUCCACAGGCAAAUUCUCCUGCGUCACAGCAGAUUGCAGCUCCGGCAAAUUUGAGUGUGCAGGAAACAACGCUCUGCCACCGGCAACUCUAGCCGAGUUCAAGCUCGAUGGUUAUGGCGGUCUUGAUUUCUUCGAUGUUAGCUUGGUCGAUGGGUACAACCUCCCUAUGCUUGUGGUGCCCCAGGGUGGGAAAGGUCAGAAUUGUACAAGCAGUGGAUGCGUGAGCGACCUUAACGAGUCUUGCCCUUCGGAGCUUAAGGUUACGAGCACCGCCGAAGGAGGUGAGAGCGUCGCGUGUAAAAGCGCAUGCGCCGCAUUAGACCAAGAUCAGUACUGUUGUAGAGGCGCGUAUGGCACACCCGACACUUGUAAGCCUUCAACGUACUCUCAGAUCUUUAAGACUGCGUGCCCAAACGCGUACAGUUUUGCUUACGACGACAAGACCAGUACCUUCAUUUGUGGCUCCUCGCCGGAUUACACCAUCACCUUCUGCCCCACCCCUAACACCAGGUAA